AUGGAAGCUAGAAGGCCUAGAAAUAGAUCUGUUGGAUUUUUAGCCGCUGGUGCACUAACAGCGCUUGCUCUUGGGGCCUAUUAUGCCUGGAAGAAAAGUACAACUUCGUCAUCAUCAUCACCUACUAUUGACGAAACUGAACAGAAUUCCAUUUCUGCGUGUAUAGUUUUUACAGAGGAUAUGUAUGAGAGCGGUCUCGAUUGGGAAGGGCUAAUUUCUAUGCAAGCAGUGGUGAUUCUACCUCCAAAAAUUACACUUAGAUCGACCGUGGUUCAAUUCCCUGUCUCUCAGAUAAUUGAAUGCGGCACUGAGGACGGCGUCUGGUCUGUUGUAAGGCAUCUGCGGAAAGACAUUGUGGUUGUGAGCCCUCUUAGUCUCAAUUCUGUUCCUGCAGACAUAUACAGGUUUUCCGAGCCAGUCACAGAGCUUCCAUGA